GCAGCACACAGCAGCAACAACAACAGCAGCAGCAGCAGCAACACCAGCAGCAACAGCUGUCUGCUCAAGAAGCCCAGCUCAAGGCGCAGCAGAAUGCUGCACUGCUGAUGCAGCAGAGGGCGAAUGCUACUAAGGGAGCUUUGGUUGCCUAUAUAAAUAUGUUUUCGGAACAUUUAAACAAUUUUACGAGUCGAGGGGAAGCAAAUGAUCUGGCUUAUUGGCAGUCGUUUGUCGAUAGAUUCUACUCCGCUUCGGGCGUGCUACGACAGGUUGUUGUUAACCCGCAAAUUGGCUCCUCCAAGUCAUUCGAAGUCUCGACGCCUAUAUUGCCGCGUUACUACCACACCUUGUUCAACAAUGGCAUCAAACGGAUUCAAACCCAUAUGGAAACUGCACGGGAAAGGGACCUCCCCAACGGCGGUCAUGUGGUGGAAAGUCCCAAGACGAGUUUCAUAUACUGGUUCACCAAUGAUUGUCAGCUCUUCGUGAACGGUGCCUUGAGAGCGGUUCUUGAUCACAACAAUAAGAUUGAGAUGCUCGAUCUCUCUGUUAGCAGCUAUAAUGAAUACAUCCCCCGGAGUCAAUUGCAGCCGCAGGAAUCGCCGGACCAAAAGCAGAGUCCCCGGGUUGCGAAGAAUGUGAACAAGCGUACUCAGCAGAAGCAGCAGUCCUCGCAACCUAACAUUGUUAUUCCUGAGUCUCUGGUGAACGGACACGGUAUCCCUCCUGGGGUCCAGAGUUUCCUAGAGAUCGCGGAGACGUUGUCUCAUAUGACAUCCUUGUUCCAGUAUGCAAUGGCAAACCCUCAAUUAUCACCGAUGGAUGCGUUAAGGAGUCUGGUCGCCCACCAUAUGGGUGGUGCCGCGUACGCCCAGGGACCGAUGAAUCCGGCGCUCCAACAAGGGCAAGGGCAGCGCACGCCUAACAUGAAUGGGCCGUCGCAAUUUGCAUCUCCCUCGGUGGCUCAGUUGGGCUUGCCCGGCGCGCAGGGCUCGCCGCACAUUGGAAACUCGGCUCAUCCAAGUCCAGCUCAAAACCAUCUUGCUGGCCCAGCAGGCUUGGUGGCGCAGCAGAACCAGACAGGGGUAGGAGCGAACGGAAAUCAGGGAGCCAAUGUCAGCACAAGUCCCAAUGUCUCCAAUAAACGCCGUCGGGCUAGCACCGUCAAGACUGAGGGCGACGAAGGUGGCGGUGCGGCCGAUGUCAACGGGACAGGGGCUGCUGGUGCCGGCAAAGUGAAAGCCAGUCCCCGAGUUGGUGGUAAAAGACAGAAGGGCACUGCUUGA